AUGAGUGAUCUUUUUUUAGUUGCUGCCUCACCACUGGAAAGCAAAAAAGGAGGAUUCGAAAAUGCCGCUUACCAAGGUAAUCAUAUUAGGCAAUUUUCACAAGCAACUACAGCUUCGCAGAACGGCAUUAAUAAAGGAUCACCAAACAUCCCAGAGGAGAGCCCGAAAGGAGUCGGCGAAACUACCUACCAAGAAUGGUUCUCCAAGGUUGCUUCGAAGCCGGGCGUGCAACUGCAUGAGGAAUCAUCGCUUCCGUCACCUUCCGCUGCGCAUGCUCCUUCUCGGCAGUCAUUAACUCAGGGACCACCUUACCUUCCUUAUGGCCAAGAUCCCAACGGCCUGUACGGUGAAGCUAGAAUUGGACCACCAGGAUAUUAUCGACCUUACUAA